GGGCCCCUGUCUGAGAAACAUUAUGUGAGAAAAAGUAUUUAUUGUGCAACAGUGUCAGUGCUCAGUACGCAGAACAUUGAUGAUCCUGCUUUCGCCUGUCAGGGGGUUGAGAGUUGCAGUUUCACAGCAGCAGGAGGGUCUCAGGUUAAACUCAGUUCGUCACAUCGCUAAUGUGCCCUGUGGAGCCGGGUUAGUGGAACCUGAAUGGAUUUCUGCCUCAGGAGAAUCUGCAGCCAAAGGAGAAAGCUGGAGGGCCCCCAUAGUCACGAGGCACCAGAUAUAGGAGAGACCCACCAGCACUCAGCGCAGUCUGUGGAUCCACUGGAAUAGCAGAUGCAUAACAGAAGCCGUCGCAUGUAAAGGUGUCGAGAAAUUUGAAACAAAUUUAUAAGAACUUAGAAAAAACAAUCUUCGGCCCCCACGUCGGAUCAAGAAUUCCAUCGCAGAACGGGGGAAAAAAAAAAUGAAUUGAAAAAUUGUAGCUACUGCAGCCAUGAGGAAGCCGAUCAGACUGAGAAAAAGACAAUUAUAGCUAAAUAACCGUCGGCUCAGUCGGGGGCGGCGACCAUUGUGGCUUCGCGGUUACAUCUGACUUGGAAUUGCGUCUCUGGCGGAGGAUUUAGACUAAAUGAUGGCGUUUCGGCGCUUUAAGAAUGCCAAGAUAUUUGUGGCUGUGUGUUUCGUUGUGCUCUUCAUCAUGACUUACAUGACUUACACUGACAACUCCAAGGCCACUUCGCUGUACAAGUUCCGGGAGCAGCUGUGGAGGUUUAUGAGCCCCAGGAGGCAAUGCGGCUGCGAUACCUGCGUCGCGGAGCCGGAAGCUUCCACCUGGUUUGACGAGAGGUUUAAUCUGUCCGUCUUGCCGCUACUGAGCAAACAGAAUAACGUCAUACCGGAUACUGUGUACAAGUGGUGGUUGACUCUGCAGGGCGAGACGAAACCCAAGGACAUUUAUGAAGUAAUGGAAGAAUUAUUUGAAGUCAUUCCGGGAGAUUUGGAUUUGAUGGACCAGGGCCCGUACCGCUGUAGAACCUGUGCCGUGGUGGGAAACUCGGGAAAUCUGAAGAGCUCCAACUAUGGGCCGGAGAUUGACGAACAUGACUUUGUCUUGAGGAUGAACCACGCCCCGACGGCGCGUUUUGAGAAAGACGUUGGAGGUAAAACCACUCACCACUUUGUGUAUCCUGAGAGCGUCAGAGACCUGCAGGCCAAUGUCAGUAUGAUCCUUAUCCCUUUCAAGACUCUAGACCUGCAGUGGUUAGCCAGCGCGCUCACUCAUGGGACUAUCAACCGAACGUAUGUUCAAGUCCCACGUAAAAUCCGCGUCUCCAAGGACAAGGUUCUGGUAUAUAGUCCGGAGCUGAUGAAGUACGUGUACGAUAAGUGGCUACUGAAUCAUGGCCGAUACCCCUCCACGGGCCUCCUGGCUGUCAUAUUUGCCCUUCAUGUCUGUGAUAAGGUGGAUUUAUACGGCUUUGGAGCCGACAGCAAGGGCCAUUGGCACCACUACUGGGAAAACAAUGCAUCGGCCGGGGCUUUUCGCCUAACGGGAGUCCACGAUGGGGAUUUCGAAGCCAGCAUUUUGGCAAAUCUUACCUCCAUCAACAAAGUACUUAUGUUCAGAGGCAGAUGACCCUACAGAAAUGCUGUUGGUGGAAACAGGCAUGGACCUCUUUAUGGAGACUUGAAUGUGAUUGGCUGCAUUCUAAAGGUCGAUGAAAAGACAUCCCUGACGAAAAAGUUCUCAAUGGACGAUAUCUCUACCCUAAGCAGAUCUGAGAGAGAACAUACUCCGAGAUCAGCAGUUACCUACGGACCAUAGAAACCAGCAAUAACGCUCAACAUAUCAUUAUGUACAGUCAACUCAACUGUGGCCUCAGCUACAAAAUGGCCUCCUCCUUCUUUCUCCUGUAGGGAAUUGUUCAACGUGUUUGAAGAUGAGUGCUGGUCAUGUCCUUUCUGUCCUCUAGUCUUGGGUACAGAAUAAUGAAGUUUUAGGGAGGCUUAGCCUCCACAAACAUAGACAAACUCCUAUAUAUUUCUAAAGAGCCUUCAGUUAGGAGCCUCUCCAGAUAAAUCAAAAAUCACCCACCUACAAUGCCUCCGAUUAACUUGUAGAAAGACGAUAGAGGGUUUGUUGCCCCCUACAAUAUAAUUUCCAAUGGAGGUCUUCUAGCGGCUGUGGACAACGUUCUAAGGCCACCACCCUUGAACCACUACUUUCUCAGUAACUUGGCACAAUUUAGUUUUGAGUAUUUUUGCGCUGCAUCUGGGAUUUGUUUCCUUAUUUUUUAACUUGGAUAAAAAAAGUAUUUUUUUUUAGAAGACUUGUUCCAAAUGGAAUAACAAUGGUAACAUUUCAUCAUCAUCAUCCAUCCUUGAGCCAUUUCAAGUUCAGCCGGAGCCUCGGACGUUGGGCUCCGAGUUUAUUUAUAUUGUAGAACUUUCUUCAGUCAGGUUCACUUUAGGGCCAUGUAGAACGUAAUGGAUUUCCGCAUUUGGUUGCCCCGAACACUGGAACCCGCUCAACAGAACCGACUUACACAUUUCUUGGACGUAGAUCUUUCUAUUGUUGGAUAUUUUUCCAUGCGCGCAUGCUGAAUGGACUGUUAGUCUCCAAAACUGACUACGUUUCGAUUGUAUUUUUGUAUCCAGGUGAUUAUUUAUUUUUAGGAAAGCUUUCAAAUUCUCACAAGUUCUAACCUGAUGUAUUUAUUGUAGGGGCCCAAGCCGAAAGGGACGCCUUUUAUUUUAGUUUUGGUAUAAAUAAAUGAAGAACUGUGAUUUUUCAA